GGAAACUGAGGAGACACACGAAGCUGCAGCGGUUCGUCACAGUCCAGUAAAUGUGCGUCAGGCGCUGGAGGAGCCGCACGAGGCUGUGCGUCUGGAGCUCGGAGCGCGCGGAGCGCACGGAGCGCACGGGGCUCGGAGCAGAGACUGACCGGCUCCGAGGAGCGUCUUCACGGGGAAACUCAGCCACACGUCCCCGGAGAGUCUCCAGGCUGCUGGACACGGCUCAUAGAUGAAAAACACACCGGAGAGAGACGCUCUUCUUCGGACAAGCAGCGCGUCAGUCCCCGCACCGGGGACCAUGUCGGUCAACUCCUCGGACCUGAACCACACGGUGCCGGUGGCCACUCGUUAUAACGUCCCCGCGCUCAUCCUCGGUAUCUUACUCAUUGUGGUCAUCACCGGGGGAAACGUGCUCGUGUGUCUGAGCGUGCACGUGGAGAAGGCGUUAAAAACCACCACCAACUAUUUCAUCGUCAGUUUAGCGGCUGCAGAUCUGAUGCUGGCGCUGAUGGUUCUACCGCUGUUCGUCUACUCCGAGUUUCAGGGUGGUGUUUGGACCUUGAACAUGCUGAUGUGUGACGGCCUGAUGACCAUGGAUGUGUUGCUGUGCACAGCUUCCAUAUUCAACCUGUGUGCCAUCAGUGUGGACAGGUUCAUCGCUGUGUCCAUCCCUCUGAAUUAUAACCGUAAGCAUGUGGACCAGCGUCAGCUCGUCCUGCUGUCGGCCACGUGGCUGCUGGCCCUGGCCGUGGCCUCACCCGUCCUCUUCGGCAUCAACAACGUGCCCGACCGCGACCCCAGCGAGUGCAAGCUGGAGGACAGCAACUAUAUUGUUUAUUCCUCCGUCUGCUCCUUCUUCAUCCCCUGCCCCAUCAUGCUCCUGCUCUACUUUGGUGUUUUCCGCGGGCUGCAGCACUGGGAGGAGGCUCGUAGAGCCAAACUACGCAGCAGCAUCGAGGCCUGCAGGAAGCUGCAGCACGCCGCCGUCGCCACCGCCCUCCCCCCGCUGGCGGGCACCAUCCCCGGGCCUCUGCCCAUGCCUCUGCCCAGGAUCAUCGAGAGGGACUUGGCCCAGUCUCGGCUGGACGAUUCAGACGACUGCAGAAAGCAGGAGAUUCCUUAUCCUCGGAAGUACAGAGAGAACUCGGUCCCCACGCUGACUUUCAGCCAACUGCAGCGGAGGAAGAAGAGAGCGAAGAUCAACAGCAGGGAGAGGAAGGCCAUGAGGGUGCUGCCUGUCGUAGUAGGUUGCUUCCUGUUCUGCUGGACGCCGUUCUUCGUCGUCCACACAACACGAGCUUUGUGUUUGACCUGCGCCAUCCCGCCCGGUCUGAUGAGCACCGUCACCUGGCUGGGCUACGUCAACAGUGCUCUCAACCCCAUCAUCUACACCAUCUUCAACACCGAGUUCAAGAAAUUCUUCAAGAAAUGUUUCCGCAGCUGCUGCUGGCUGCAGCUUUCACUGAGGCGCUGAGAUCAAGGAGGGAGACUGGAUACGAGCAGACGUCAGGAACAGGAAGGUGUUCGGCUCAGAUGAUCUUGAUGCAGCUUCCAGUUGAACCCAUUGACUGUUGUGUGAGCGCUGCCAGGCUGCAGAUGGAGGCCGGUCAAUGAGGACGACUGAUCUGACCACAGAUGAACGUUCAGCCUGUUCUUCAGUGUUUGUAAAACGCUGCUCCUGGUGAUGUGGGUCUGAUUUCUGAGACUCUCUGUCCAAACCAAAUGUUUGAGCAGGAAGCUGCUGACUCUUCUGUCUGAGAGGAGGAGAUCAUUGAGAUCUGAGAUCCAGUGAACGAUGUGGAUUCUAAUCAAAGACUGAAUGAGCUUCCGCAGGACGACUCUGAGCUGAAAGCUUCAUCACGACCGACACACACAUGUAGGAAGUCAUGACACUGAAGCGGCUGCAUGAAGGAAGUGAGGUCUUCCCCUGAAGUCAGAGAUCUGAAGCAUCACUUUACUUCCUGUGCGAGCUGCAGUCUGAGCGCUCUUCACGUUCUCUGCUCUCACAAUCUGUCGUCAUCUUUCUUGUUGUGUUCGCUUGGUCUGUGGCUUGUUUGAAUAUUUGAUUCUGAUUUACACUGAAGAACUUUGCAUGACUACGUCCUGUCAUCGUCAUCGACAGGGGCGGAGUCUCCCAGUACCUGCUGUUUAUUGGUUUAGAGACGAGGGCGUCUGACGUCAGCCCGGCUCGUGACCACAUUACUAAUGGUUCAAAUUACAAUGAAAUAUUUUGUCUACUCUCCUAAUGUGCCACCACGGCUCAUUUUGACAUUCUUCUUCUAUUGUUGCAUUAAUGUUGACGUGUUUUAAUGUGUAAAUAAAGUGAAGCCGGUUCCGUCUGAUCCAGGAACAGCUCAUCUGACCUGCUGCUGUUUCAGUCCACACGAGGCUGAUGUGACAUUUAAGUCAAACUAUCUGUAGCUGUUAAAAAUACUGAGAACAUUCAACGGUCAAAACAUUUUAAACUGGUCAGGAACACGUUUCUGUUCCAUAUUCAAAAGCUCAGUGUAAACACACUGACAUCCAGACUUCACGGAAAUGACAAACAGGGUUUUAAUAAAAGUUUAACCAAAAAUACAAAAGCAGGAAAUGACCAUUUUAAUUCUGAAAUGAGUAUUAUUAUGAAAACAUUUCUUUUUUUAUGACUAAAUACCAAAUUAUUUUAGGACAAAAUCACAAUUGUCAUUUGAAUGUAUUUAUACAAUGUUGUGUGAAAACAUUGUUAAAAUGAGAGGCAGCAGCUGGAGAGAAGGUUGUUGUUCAAAUGGAAUCUUUGAGAUGUAGAUUUAUUUGUGUCCUGCUCUUCAAGUUCAAACUCUUUUCUUGAGAAAUAGUUUGAGGAAUUCAGACUGGACAAAAACUUCCAAUUGUCUUUUUAAUUUAAUUUCAGAACUUGAAUACAACUUGAAUAAACUCGAUAUGAUUCCCGCUCAGAUUGAUAAAGAACAUUAGAAUAAACCUGCUCAACAGGACCACUGUGGCUUUUAUUUAGAAAAUCAGAUUUGCUUUAAAAUGUAUGUAUGAUGUUAAAUAGAUUUUAGUGUGUGUUUGUACUUGUGACUGUGCCAUGACCACGAAUUCAGUGGAAGCCUUUCUAAUAAAAGACGUCAUCUUUCUACUGCUCA